CCGAGAAGAAAUUAUAGUAAGAACGCAGAUGUUAAAAGAAAGAGAGAUGCUAAACGUAAUUUUCUGCAGAAAUUUGCCGAACGAAAAUCGGUCGCUUGCAGUUUUAAAAAUAUUCAAAAAAUGGGCGAAAAAAUAGAACUGACGAAAGAAUUAGCUAUAGAUUGUGAAUUUGUUCGUGGUUUGGCUGGAGAAAGGGAGAUCUCUUUACUUGCACGUGUUUCAAUUGUAAAUGCUAACGGUAAAUGCAUCAUGGAUAAAUUUGUUAAACCAACUCAGAAAGUCGUGAAUUAUUGCACUUUUGUGAGUGGGAUAAGGCCGUGUGAUCUUAUCAACGCCGACCCAUUUGAUAAAGUUCAGUGUGAAGUUGCGAAAAUUAUAGAUGGUCGAAUUUUAGUUGGUCAUGCUCUAGACAAUGAUUUAUUGGUAUUAAAACUAACCCAUCCUCAAAAAUUGAUUCGUGACACUUCUGAUUAUUUGCCACUACAAUUUAUCUGCAGGAAUUCAUUGGGAAGAAGACCAGCGUUGAAAACAUUGGCUAAAGAAGUUUUAGGAAUUAAUAUUCAGCAAGGAGAGCAUAACUCAGUAAUUGACGCAAAAACAACUAUGCAAAUAUAUAAUAUUUACAAGAAGCAAUGGGAAGCAUCACUUUUUCUGAAGUGA